AUGAUUUCUACUAGCACAGAAGAGCGAGAGAAUGAGGUGGACCUGAAGGUGCCUGCAACCCAGGCCAUUGAAGGAAAUCUGGAUGGAGAUUUAGAGAUGGCUGUCUGCACGUCGGAGGAGCCGUCUGCCUCUAAUACGCUCCCAGAGGAGCCCAGAAAGUGGAUGUGGGCUGUGAUAUUCCUAUGUUUCUAUGGUUUUAUGGCAUCCAUCAAGCCUGGAGAGCCUUUCAUUACUCCAUAUCUACUCAGCACUGAAAAGAACUUUACCACGCAGCAGGUGACCAAUGAGAUUACACCAGUACUGACGUACUCCUACAUGGUAGUGCUGGUACCUGCCUUCCUGCUGACUGAUCUUUUGCGCUACAAGCCAGUUCUGGUCAUUCAAAGCAUCAGCCAGGUGGUUAUCUGGAUUAUUCUGCUCCUAGGUAAUUCCCUGAUCGAGAUGCAGUUCAUGGAAUUCUUCUACGGUGUCACAAUGGCGUGCCGUGUGGCCUAUUCCUCCUAUAUCUUUUCGCUGGUCAGCCACAGCCUCUAUCAGCGCGUGGCUAGCUACUCGCGCACCGCAGUCCUCUUGGGAGUGUUUACCAGCUCUGUGCUGGGCCAGCUUUUCAUCUCAGUGGGACAAAUCCGCUUCAAUACCCUCAGUGCUAUUUCUCUGGGCUUUGUCAGCUUUGGUCUGGCACUGUCGCUCUGCCUGCCCUGGCCGAAACGCUCCUUGUUUUUCAACAAGGCCCGCAAUGAGGAGCACAGAGAACUGGCCGCUGAAGUAGCCACCAAGACAGAACUGGACAAGAUGAACCAGAAGGAUGCUGAGUUGACCACACCAAUUUCCUUGUGCUCUGCAUUCCGAUGGAAGGAUUCUAUUUUUGUACAGAUGCUGUUGGAGCUGAGAACUGUGAUAAAAAGACCCAACCUGCGAUUGUGGUCACUUUGGUGGGUGUUCAACUCCACAGGGUACUACCUGGUGUUAUUCUACGUCCACAUCCUGUGGAGUAAAGUCUACCCUGCCACCGAUAAUAAGAACGUUUACAAUGGAGCUGUGGAAGCUGCUUCUACCUUGCUGAGUGCAUUGACCUCCUUCGCUGCGGGCUUUGUGAAAAUUCGGUGGAAUGUCUGGUCAGAGCUUGUCAUCGGCGUGAUCACAGCUGUGCAGGCUGGCCUACUGCUGCUCAUGGGCACCACAGAAUACAUCUGGGUCUGUUAUGUGGCCUACAUUCUCUUCAGAAGCUUCUACCAGUUCCUAGUGCCCAUUGCCACUUUUCAGAUAGCAUCUUCUCUCACCAAGGAGCUCUGUGCUCUGGUGUUUGGCAUCAACACCUUCUUGGGGACUAUCCUGAAGAGCAUCAUCAACCUGAUAUUUUCCGACAAGAGGGGGCUGGCUUUUGAUGUACACAGUCAGUUUCUUGUGUACUUUAUUUACUUCACCCUGUUGACAGUCAUCUACCUGAUAAGCGCUGCUGUUGUCAUCUUCCGUCACUUCAGAAACCAGCCCAAAAGGCAAGGGGUCAGUCAGCCGCCCAAGUCGACUGAGCUUAGCAACAUGGUUCCUGAGGCAGAACCUUUGUCCAAUGGCAAAAAUGCCAAGACAUAG